CAUUUCUAUUUCCUGAGUAUCACUUCCGGUACGCCAGUACAUGUUCUCCGACAUUAGUAUUUGGUGGUCUCCCAGUUGGUUAGAAACCACACUCGAAAAGGUCGCCCGUUGCGGUGAAUUGGCUUCAGGAGCGAGACGUGUAGCGAACAGUAAAUAUCUAACAGUUAUGUCCCACACAAUCCUGCUCGUCCAGCCCACCAAGAGGCCCGAGGGGAGAACAUAUGCCGAUUAUGAGUCUGUCAACGAGUGCAUGGAAGGAGUCUGCAAAAUGUACGAGGAGCACCUGAAGAGGAUGAACCCCAACAGCCCGUCCAUCACGUACGACAUCAGCCAGCUGUUCGACUUCAUCGACGACCUGGCUGACCUCAGCUGCCUGGUGUACCGUGCAGACACUCAGACCUACCAGCCAUACAACAAGGACUGGAUCAAGGAGAAGAUCUAUGUGCUACUCCGCAGGCAGGCCCAGCAGGCUGGUAAAUGAGGUCCUGGCUGUUUAGGGGGCUUGAAUGCCAAUAAUGACCACUUUCUUUUAAUUUCUCUUUUUUUAACUUUACUGUCUUUAUUGAUUUGUCAAGCAAGAUUUUCUAUGGCCAAUUCGGAUGUUAAACUCAUGUGAAAAGGUCUGGUUAAACUCAGCAAUGUUUCAUGCAGGUAUAUAUUUCUGAAAUUUCAACCAGAAUGUUAUAAGUAUCAAGUCAUAUCUUACAUGCUUGACCAUGAUCCCCCUGAGGUUGAAACUUGUUCAUCAUACAUAUUGUUUCUGUUGGGGAGGGACAAAAAGCACCAUCCAUACUAUCAUACUGACUGUAUAUUCAGGAAAUUCACCUGUAAGAGCAGCUUGUGACAGGCACUGCUGAACGGGGAUGCAGGAACUUUUAUUCACACACAGCCUUGACAGUUUAAGUUCCUUCUGUUUAAAGACCGGUAUUAACAUGCUGUUUUUUUGGUAAUUUAAAAAAUAAACUCUUUAACAGUU